AUGCGCCGCGUCUCCGCUAUUGAGCGCGAGGUGGCCAGAUCUGCCAGGGCGCAUGCGGACCGGAGCACGGCCAAAGAUGCCGUCGGACCCGGUAGUGCGACCGGCACAGCCGGCGACGAGGGCCCAGAUGAACAAGCAUGCCGAGAACGAGCAAAAGCUCGGGAAGCGCGGCAUGCUGUCCUCGUGGAUGCUGUUCGUGGGGUCGUUGUGUGGACCCUCUGCGCCAUGCUUCACCUUGGCUUGGUAUGGAUGGUGGCGCAUUUUACGGUGAGCUUGCACCUCACUGCAAAUUCGUCGAGCCUUGCUUGGAUGUUGCUUGGUUCCUUACCUGUCUUCUCGGCCGAGCGAUUCCUGCAGCGCAGCGCUGCGGGCAUCAACCUCCGAGGGAUCUCCGGGGAUGGCCCUUUGCAAUGUCGGGGAGUUCCCUUGCCCUCCCUCGUGCCGCUGCCGCUCUUGCCAGGAGCCCCUUGGUUCGGGCCGCGGAUCGUUCGUCUGGCGGCAGGAUCUACUGCAGGCCUUUCCUUGGCAGCGCUGGCAAGGCUCUCGUCUCCCUUUGCUGCCGCUCUGGGCGGGUGCGCGGAGACCGUUCUGCUGCUCGUCAGAGCAGCGUACGCCUGCAUCUGGAUCUGCGACUGGCGCCUGCAGCAGAUGUGGCGCAAGAGGAAGUAG